CUCUGAGGUCAUGUUAUGGUAGGGUUACACGUGUUGUGUGAUUCCCGUCAUGCUGCGGGGCAGGUGGGAAUGGCGGGCAGCUUAGUCCUGCUGCUCCUGGUCGGUCUGGGCGGCGGAGGAUGCUGGGAACUCCCUGCCCUUCCCUGUAACCUGUACAACUCCUGCGAGUGCGGCUUCAGGCCGGAUCUUAAUGCAUUGGAUUGUGAUCUUGCCCGUAAUGUUUUUGGGCAGCACCUGGUGAGGGAACAACUGGUGAAGGCCGUAAAGGCGUUUGUGGAGACGGAGCGGCCCAGCAAGCCCCUGGUGCUGUCAUUCCACGGCUGGAGUGGAACCGGUAAAACAUUUGUGAGUUCCCUGCUGGUAAAACACCUGUACAGGGAUGGAAACCGGAGUCCGUACCUCCAUCGCUUCUCUCCCAUCCUGCACUUCCCGCACGCCCAGAACGUCAAUCAGUACAAGGAAGACCUGAAGCUCUGGAUCCAGGGGAACCUCACUGCCUGCAGCCGCUCCAUGUUUUUGUUCGAGGAGAUGGAUAAGAUGCAUCCAGGGUUGAUUGACGUUAUUACCCCCUUCCUGGGUCCUUCUUGGGUCGUCUUUGGUUCCAACUACAAGAAGGCCAUAUUUGUGUUUGUAAGUAAUUCGGGAGGAGAAGCCAUUAAUAACGUAGCGCUGAAUUUCUGGAGAGAGCGCAAGGACAGAGAGGAGAUUCAGCUCAAUGAUGUGGUGCCUGCUUUAACCAAAGCUGUGCUGGCCGACCAAGAGCAUGGCUUCUGGCAGUCUGAGAUCAUUAAGCAGAAUCUCAUCGAUGUCAUUGUGCCUUUUUUACCUCUGCGUCCCAACCACGUCCGGCACUGUGUGCGCACCGAGCUGGAGCAGAUGGGGCUGGCAUCGGAGGAAGACGUGGUACACUUGGUAGCCAGCAACCUGAUUUAUUUCCCUGAAGGCGAGAACGUUUUCUCGUCCACCGGCUGCAAAACUGUGACCUUCAGAAUCAACUACUAUUUAUGAAAGCUGCAUCGGGCCGGAAUAAGACGAACACGAAAGUAGAGACAAUUCUUCUUCUCCGGAGCAACCUCAACCUGUCCAUUACUGGAAAUGGAGCAUCACAUAGCGGUGGUUUGACAAGUACAGACUCCGUUCUUCAUGCAUUAUGAUUGACCAGGCUGCUUAUAGGGGUUGUGUGUCUGUGGGUUGUGGAUGGUAUUGCAUCUCAUCUCUAUUCUAGUGAAUUGGGCUAAGCUGCAAUACCAGUCACAACCCAUACACGAGAGAGGCGCUGUUUCUGGGUGGAUGUUUUAUGUGCAUUACAAAGUGCACCUGCUUUAGGCAGAGUUCUAAUCUGGCCAGCAGAUCUCACCCUCUCCAUUGCAAAGGGUGAGAUCCGCAGCAUAAAUUGACAUUCUGCACAGGUCCGUUUGUGGAGCGUGUGGCUUUGAAUUCGGAAAAUCCCAUCCACUUUGCUGGUAUUGUACAACGCUGCAGAUUUGCCGCCCUAAAAUCCGUGAUGGCAAAUCUGCAGCGAAUCGGCUUCGUGUGAACACGGCCUUACAGUCACAGACCGGGUUCACACAGCCCUAAAUCAGGGUCAUUGCUCCACAGGUCCCAGAUCUCUGGAUAUGAUCAUCCUGUUGACGAGGCCUUUCGUUACUGCUGCAGCCAAUCGCUGACCAUUACCAGUGCGGCACGUGACCCAGUGAGUGGCUCCAGCUGUCUCGGCCAGGAUGCGUAUUUUGCGGAUACGGCCGUGUGCAUUGAGCCCUUACUUUUUAAGAUCCUUUCUAUGUACCUGGCUUUAUUGCUUUUCAUAUGUCCUACAUAUUAGAUUCCCAGGUUAGUUAGGGAAACUGGAGACCCAGAAUAGCUCCAUAAAAUUUUAAAGAGGUUGUCCAGUGGAUUCAAUAUUUUUUAAUAAAAGGCUGCGUAAAAUAAUUAAUAAAAUCGGUCAUACUCUUCUCACCGCUCCUGUUUCUGUGCUUCCCGGUCCCCUGUGUGUCUGAUUCCUGGUCACUCCUGAUACACAGGGAAAUAAGCAUUCAGCCCAUCACUGGCCAUAAUCUGCCGGACAACCCCUUUAAUUAUCUUCACUUUCUGUGAAAGGAAAAUGAAAUGCUCUGCUUUGGGGCGGCUGUAAAUAUUUCGGACCGUUAGCAGUUCCUUCAGAUAAUGGUCUUUUUAUUUUAGUCACUUCUCAUAUAAACGGGACUAAUAUGAUAUUAACCUGCAGCCUGGAAUUUCAUGAAUUUAUGAUCUUGUGCCUUAAAGGGG